AUGUAUUCGCUUAUCCUCAUGGGCUUAAUGCCCAGAAACAACGAGCACUCAUUAGCAGCUCGAUUGACCGGCUCUGUGGAGCUUGAUAUCGACCCUCUUCCAGCAUCGCAUCGACAAGGUUUAAUAGCAAUUUCAGCAAUGGCCCUCAUGUCCCUCGUUGCAACAUCAUUACUCCUCGGUUUCAUCACCUAUCGACUUAUUUUCUGGCGCGGCAGCUAUGCGCGAUACAUUGGUUACAACCAGUACAUCAUUCUUAUUUACAACCUUAUUCUGGCGGAUUUUCAACAGUCACUUGCAUUCAUUAUUUGUCUGCGAUGGAUUAUGACGGACAAAAUCCAAUCGGGCACCGUCGCAUGCUUUCUCCAAGGCCUGUUGCUGCAAAUUGGAGACCCCGGUAGUGGCCUGUUCGUGCUUGCCAUUGCCGUUCACACAUUUCUUUUAGUCGUCUGGGGACGGAAAAUGUCUUACAAGUUCUUCGUCGGUUUUGUCGUUGGUAUCUGGAUUUUCCUGGCGUUACUUGUAGCCAUUCCGAUAGGAAUGUACGGCGCCGACAUCUUCGUGCCUUCCGGAGCCUGGUGCUGGAUCAAGGAGGAAUACGAGACCACCCGGUUAUGGACUCACUACAUUUGGAUUUUCCUCGCCGAGUUCGGCACAGUCCUUCUAUACGCCGUGAUGUACUUCCAGUUGCGCCGACAGAUUGCCGCCUCCUCCAUUCUCGGCAAUAAUCAACUGGCAAGCCUUCAGCGCUUGCGCCGCGUUGUAGGCUACAUGACGAUCUACCCAAUCGUCUACAUUGUCCUAUCCUUACCCCUGGCUGCAGGCCGCAUGGCCACAGCACACGGCAAUGAACCCAACCUGGUAUUCUUCUGCUGUGCCGGUGCCUUAAUCACCAGCUCCGGGCUGGUCGAUGUCAUUCUGUACACGCUCACCCGCCGCAAUCUGAUCAUCGACUCAGAACCUAGCGCAGACCGCUCCUACAACAAAUUCACCAGCAGCAGGGGCAAGCGUGGUGAGAACAACGUUACCACCAUCACUGCCGAUCCAAAGCGCAACCGGGAUACUUUUACCGAUGAAAUCGACCGCGAUGGCUCAAUGGAUAAGAUGGUCUCAGCAAACGGACACGGCCACGGGCAUGAUCUUGAAAUGACACCGAUCGGCAAGGUAUACCAAGAAACCACCAUCGAGAUCACGCAUGAGCCUGCAUAUCCUGUGGCAGUCGCUAGUGCCUCAAACUCUAGCAAAGAGGACUUCUCCUCCAAUAGGCCAGCUGGUAAAGGGUGGCGGAGAUGA